CGCAGGACUCUGAGGACAUCUCGUCUCACACUCAGGAGAUGUAUCUGGACUGCACUCAUCAUCAUCAUCAUCAUCAUCAUCAUCACCACCAUCAGUGAGGCUAUUUCGAGUUUGCGAACGAGCGUGUUGUUUUUACUGUGGUACAGGAGGAGCGUUAGUCAGUGUGGUGCAGCGCGUGGCUCUCCGUCCGUGGGAAUCAUGUCCCCCGCAGGUUCUCCGAAGAAGAUCUCCGUCCUUCUGCUCCUCCAAGCCCUGGGAGAUGUCCUCCUCAACGCCACGGGUGUCGAUCAGGCUUGGUUCCCAGAUCCCACUCACCCCAACUCUCAGGAGGGCACCACGGUGGCCGUGGAACAGCUGCGUUGGCCAAUGAGGAGGCUGCUGGCUGCGGAUGAACGGCACCACCAUCACCCACCGAAGGAGGAGAACCCAGAGGCCAGCAGCCAAGUGCAGGAGGACGUGGAUCACAGCUAUUACGUGUCCAAAAUGUACGGACCCAAGGACCCCAAAAGCAGGGAGCUGUGGGUGAACUUUGACCUCAUGGACAAGGAGAAGGUGAAGAUCCACGCAAUCCUGUCCAACGCGCACAGACAGGCGGCGAGAGUGAACCUGUCCUUCGAUUUCCCCUUCUAUGGGCACGUGCUGCAGGAGGUCACAGUGACCACCGGGGGAUUCAUCUACACGGGCGACGUGGUCCACAGGAUGCUGACGGCCAUGCAGUAUAUAGCGCCGCUUAUGGCCAACUUUGACCCCAGCAUCUCUAGAAAUUCCAGCGUCAUCUACUUUGACAACGGCACAGCCCUGGUGGUCCAGUGGGACCAAGUCCGUCUCCAAGACGGCUACAGCGUUGGCAGCUUCGCAUUCCAGGCCACGCUGCACAGUAAUGGGAGGAUCGUGUUUGCUUACAAGGACGUGCCGAUAUCGGUGUCCCGGAUCAACUCAACCAACCACCCCGUCAAGGUGGGCCUGUCCGAUGCCUUUCGCAUUGCUCUGCCCCUUUCCCACCUGGCAGAUGUGCGCAGGAGGACAAUCUAUGAGUACCACAGAGUGGAGCUACUGAAGGAUCAGAUCUCCAGCUCCACAGCGGUGGAUAUGAGACCCCUGCCCACCUGCCUCCAGUUCUCAAGCUGUGGCUCCUGCAUCUUCUCUCUCAUUGGGUUCCGCUGCAGCUGGUGCCAUCGACUCCAGAGGUGCUCCAGCGGCUUUGACCGCCACCGCCAGGACUGGGUGGAUAGCGGCUGUUCCAACCAGACCGAGCAGCCGAGCUGUAAACAGGACGCCGGAGACCCGCGGCCCUCCCCGGUCACCACCGUGGCCGUUGUCAAGGCGACGGUAAGAGAAGCGUCCAUCGCGACCGCCAGAGUGGCCAGUACCGCGGCGGGACGGUCAGCUCUCCCCAACAGCCCCCCCAGUGAGGGUUCGUACCAAGAGCCGGUCACUUUCCAUCCUUACAUUUGUCACGCUGAACAUCCGUCUCUCUGUCUUCGAGGUACCGUGAUGGCCAUCCUGCGUGAGGAGAGCGAAGCCAUGCCCAACCAGAGUGUGGCGGAGGUGGAAGAGGAGGAGGAAGAGGAGGAGGAGGAGGAGAAGAAUGAGGAAGGAGGGGCACACUACAGCCUGAUUGCUGGCAUCCUACUCUCCCUGCUCUCCAUGGCAACUGUCAUCCUGGUUACCAUCUACCUGUACCACCACCCCACCUCCAGCGCCAGCCUCUUCUUCCUGGAGAGGCGUCCCAGCCGUUGGCCGUCCAUGAAGUUCCGCAGGGGUUCGGGAAACCCCUCCUACGCCGAGGUGGAGCCGCCAGGCCAGGAGAAGGAGGGCUUUGUCAUGAUGCAACAGUGCUGAUGGCCUCCCGCUUGGAGAUCUCACCCGCAGAGACAAGGGGCCUCGAUCUUUAAAAUUCGGACUCAAACACAAUCUGGCUGCUGGGUUCUGGAGAACAACGUGCAAGAAGCAAACAAACAAACAAACAAUCCCCAAGGAUCCAGCUCCACAAUCUGUUUGUGGUCCAGAACUACAUGGACACUGGCACAGCUCCUGAGCUGGAGGUCGAAGGUGAGAGGACUGAAAAUGAACACAUGGAGCUAGUUACCCACAAUGCACUGCUGGCGCAGGUGAUGACAUAA